CGGAAUAGCGGCACCCAAACACCGAAGCGAGGUGGUUUGCCGCUCGACAUCAGUCCAUUCACCACCCAGUCACCCAGUCAGCCCAUCAUACAUACAUACAAGUGGACUUGCGGGUUGCAGCAACACCACCAGCUGUCCAAUGGGCGUGCCCAUGACUCUGCACCACACCCUAGUCCAUCGUCUCUCUCUGAUCUCCUUACCGCAUCUUCACUCCAUAUGCAGGAUUCAUGCUGCUUACCCUCCUGUCAAGCACCCCGGCCCUCCGCUAACUUACUACACGCCUCCAUCCAACCAAGAUGAGAUCGACAAUGUACGGCCAACCAGCCUUCCUGGCAAUCUACGAUACGAUGCAUUCAGUGCUCCUACCAACCCAGCAGGUUCAUCUUCUUUCAGCUGCCCUGCUCACUGAGGUCUCCAUCUACUUCUUUGUUGUGCUUAGUUGCGCAACGGUUCCUAUUCCAUGCUGCUUCCAAUGCCCGUCGUCGCGUUCGGAUGUCCAUGAUAUGGUAGCUAAAGUGGUCGACAUGUGC